UUCAUUUCUCUCUUCGUGUACUUUCAGCUCUCGACAUACGCCUAUACAUAUGCACACACCCUUCCCGGGCAUUUCACAAUUGUCGCCGAGCCUCUAUUUGUGCGGCGCUGGCGUAGUCAUGCCAAUGAUUCUCGAUCAGUUACAGGUGCGUUUCAUUAUCAAUGUCGCCCCGGAGCUGCCCGAUACACCGCUCUCCAGCGUUACCAAGCCGCUCUAUUUACGUAUCAACGCAUAUGAUCGUCCUGACACCGAUCUGUCGCUACACUUCGACGAGGUGGCCGAUAUGAUUGAAGAGGUGCGUCAGCUCGGCGGCAAAUCGCUGAUACACUGCGUGGCCGGUGUCAGCCGUUCGACAACACUCUGCUUGGCAUAUCUCAUGAAAUAUGGUGGCAUGUCACUGCGCGCCGCCUACUUGCACGUCAAGGCCAUACGUCCACAAAUACGUCCGAAUACGGGCUUCUUCCAGCAGUUGCGUUGCUAUGAAGAACAGCUGAGCGGCGCCUGCUCGGUGCAGAUGGUCUACUAUGAAUCGUUGAACAGGGAAAUACCGGAUGUCUAUGAGCCGGAAUAUCGUGCAAUGGAGGAGUUCUACCAGCGACAACGUAAAACUUUGAAACGGCAUUAAGGAGCAUUGCUUGGUGGGAUGUUAUGUUUGUGGGUGUUUAAAAUAGAAAACUUUAUUCCAAAGCGUAGUUUUAACGGUUUGUUUGAGUGGAUAUAGAAAUGUUUUGUUUGUCGUAUGUGUGUUUGUUAAGAAAUUGUAAUGUAAGUGAACGAUUUUAUGGAAAAGUAUUGAUGUGCCUUAGGCUCGACUUAUGUCUGUAUUCGUAAAUUUUUAGUUGUGAACUUUCCUGUAGUUCCUAGUGUAAUGUAUUUAUAUCGCAACUGUUUUCCAGCCUAGUGCUUAGUGUUUGCACGUUUUUGCUGAAUUGCAAAGUUUUAGUAUUUUAGAGAUAUUUUAUUUAAUAAAAUUUUCAAAAAUAUGUACAAUAAUAAAAUUUGAAAAUUAUGCAUAAAA